AUGCUGGGCUGCCAGCUUUGCCCCAAUGCAGCAUCACAUGUGGAAUGCCUGAGGCAUGUGGCCCACCAGCGGGCUUAUUUCCCCAGCCAGUGGAGAAGGCCUGCCCAAGCACCAGCUCAUGUGGCAAACCCACUGGGCUGUACCCUGCAUGGCCUGAGUGGGGAUCCAGUGGAGAGUGCAGCGCCCCUUCGUACGUUUCACCUGGCAGAAGGAGCGGAACGCCUCGCCCUCCCCGCGGAAAGAGUAGCAGAGCAGCCGCCGGGGCAGGCGGACUGCCAGGCCCCGGCAAGCUCCCGCGCUGGGAAGGAGAGCGACGCUGUGGCAGGCUCAGAGCCGGUCGAAGGCAGGCAGGCAGGCAGGCAGGCUUCAGGGCUUCCGCUCGCAGCACAGACUGGAGCGACGCCAGCCACUUCUACGCGAGGCAGGCAGGCCGGGGCUUCCAAAGCGGCCGCUGGUCCCGCCGGCUCUAGCCCCUCCGCUGCCAGAGGCCGGACGCGGCUUCUGCGGGAGGGCAGGCGCGCCCCUCCACGGCAAGGCCGCCACGGGACAGCCGCCGGGUUCCGAGGCCGGGUGCUGAAGGCGCCGCCACGGGCGUGGGGGGGGGGGGGGAAGCGGGCGGUCCCGUCGGCUGGCGGGGCGGAGGCUGGCGCUGGCAGGCAGGCCGGGGCUUCUGCGGCGAGCCGCGCCGCCCAGGAGGAAAUCAAGGACGGACGCGGCGGCUCGGCCCGGCCUGGCCCAGACGCUCUUCGUGCGCGCUGCGGGCCGAGUGACGCGCGCGACCCUCGGCGGACUUCGCGCCCCGCUCGCUCGAUGGGCCUCGCUGGCGCCACAGGUCUCUGGCGGGCCCGGAUGCUGCGCCUGCUGCUGCCGCUGCUGGGCCACGUUGUGUCUUCAAAGGAUAUUCAGCCAAACUGCUGCACAGACCUAGCCACUAUGUUAGUUUGUCAUUGGGAUGUGGACUCUUUCACCAACUGCACCACGGAAUACCGGAUCCGUUACAGCACAGAUGUUUUACCGCUAUCUUUGGAGUGUAUUCCUGAGAAUGAGAGUGGCCCAGGUGCUGCCUCCAGGUGUACUUGCAUCAUUGUAGGAGAGGUGUUUGAAUCCACCACAUAUAAGUUAGUACUGGAAAGGAUACAGAUCCGGAACAGGACAGAGAUCCGGAACAGGACAGUGAUGUGGAACAAAACAGUGGAAGCAGACGAUAUUGUGAAGCCCAGGCCCCUUGUAAACCUUACUGUGGAGAAAAAGAAGGAAAGGCGCUCCUUCAUCCUCACCUGGAAAAGGGACUACAAACAAGUGAGCAAGCUUUCCGGUGUGGAGGCCAAACAUGAAGUUGCCUAUUGGCCCAAAGACCAAAGGAAUGAGAAGAUGACAUAUUCAACAUCACAAUCAAGCUAUAAUAUCUUUGCUGACCGCCUCAAGCCAGGAGCCAGUUAUGUUGCAAGAGUGCGGUAUCAAUUAAGAAACUGGGGACCAAAGUGGAGUGAAUGGAGUGUCCCAUGUGAAUGGCAUAAUGAUUUUGAGCCGGAACCUGGAGAUGAACUCUGGAAGUCCAUUUCCUGGUUGUGGGUGCCAAUCGUAGCCCUAAUUUUAACCUGCUACCUCUGCUUUGUCAGAGUGAAGAGGGAAUGGUGGGACCAGAUCCCAAGCCCAGCCAAGAGCAAGAUGGUCGAGAUGACAGCCACAACAAGAGUGUUUUCAGUUGUACAGAAGGAUGAUGGCAAGACAGUUUUCCAUGACAGACGCAAGCUGGAAUCUCGGAGCAAACUUUAUGUUCCUCCCUCUGGCCAAAGUACAAGGGAAAAGGAUCCUGGCAACAACUUUGGAGGGAAGCCAGAGGUGUUCCUAACGCCUGAGGUUGCUUUGGUUGAAAGCCCUCUGGUGAUAUGCAGCAGUAGAUCACACGUCACUCCUCGGACCUCAGACGGGGAAGAGGCCAAUCCAAUCCCUCAUGAAGAUGCUGUGGCAAGCCUCUUUGGGGACCUUCUGAGUGGGGACUGGAGCCCAGGAGACCCUGGAAUCCAAGGGCCUCCUGCCAAGGAAGAGGCGCCAGAGCACAUUCUAGCUGCUCUUUGCUUUCCUCCAGAAGCAUCUUUGGACAAGCACAACUGUCGAGUAGCCAGCGGGGAUCUGGAGGCAUGUUCUGGACCUGGCUACCAGAGCUCCAGCACAGAGCGUGCUGCUUCUCCCCAGCCAGUGUGUCGUAUGCCUGAGCAGCAACCAGGCCCCAGCCUUUCCUCUUCUGGAGCUCAGCCCAGGCUAUUGCCUCAGAAGUCCAUCAAUACCCCAACGGGCACCGGGAUUCUUGGCAGCAUCCCUCCUUUGGCAGAGGGCCAGGAUGGCAGUGACAGCAUCGCCACAUCCCACCCUUCUGGCUACAAGUGUUUCAGCAGCUUAGUAUCACAGCCCGUUACUAGUUUCAGUCCAGUUUGGAAGCCCUGGCCUUUUGCUCCUCAGGUAGAUGAAAGGCCCUGCCUUGACCCCAGGUUCAGUGGCCUACAGCCUGAUUUCCCAGGAGCCCAAGGCUCAACAGCAGCUCUGGUUUUAUCAUCAGAGCGAGAAGCAAGCCCAGAAGAGACCUCUCAAGAUGUCCCUGGAAAACCAGGUCACAUUCCUUGCCCAGCUGUGUCUCUCUUAUCUGGGUACCGAUCCUUCAACUCUGCUCUUCAAAACAGCACAGCAUCCCAAGAUCCCUGCAGUCUAGACCUGGAGUCCGCGUAUAAGCCUUUACUCAGCGUGUUAAGGAACAGCCCCACAGAAACCCCUGAAGGCAAAACUCCCACUUGGCUCUAGCCUGGGGACGUUGCCAGUAGUGAGCCUGGCCUGGACAAGGCCUUGCGCUCAGUCUCAGCAAGGGAGGGGAUUCUACUGGUGAACACUUAGGGAAGAAAGGAAGGGGAGAUGUGGCAGGGGACCAUGGGCUUUUGUGAGCCUGGGGCAUUUGAAGAAGCCAGCUAGGUGAAGGGAUGGGGAAAACCUCUGUUCCACCCUCCCUUCCAUGGCCUGCAUGAGGCUACAGCCCUGCUGCCAUGCUUGUACUAGGGGAUACUUGCUGCUGUUUCAUGUCCAGUUAGCACAGCAGAGCACUAGAUAACAUACCAAAGAACAUAGAUGCAAUCUCUUCCCAGAAAGGUGAUGGUACAAGGCUGAAGAGAAUGAACUUGCCUCAGGGAGUGACCAGUUUUCAAUCUCUCUCUCUCUCUCUCUCUCUCUCUCUCUCUCUCUCACACACACACACACACACACACACACACCUUGAAGGGAUGCAUUAAGAGGAGGCCUGAUGAUACUGCCUUUAUACAAAUCUAUGGUGCAAUCAUAGUUGGAAUACUCUGAAUAUUCUGUACAGUUCUGGUCACAACACCUAAAAAAGGAUAUUGUAGAGCAGCUCCUCCCAAAGUGCUGAGGCAGGGGGCCCUGUCAGCCAUCUCCACUCAGUAUCACCUGCUGGUUGCCACACUCCUCCAACCUGGUGCUUUGAGCACCAUCUCCCAGAAUUCCUAACCAUUGGCCAUGCUGGCUAGAGCUGAUGGAAACUGAAGUCCAACACAUCUGGAAGGAACCAGGUUGGGGAAGGCGGGCCCACACAACUCGCUCCCCUACUCCAAGAGUCCUGCAAGCAGCUGGUGAUCCAAGGAGCUGCAGCAGCCAUUCACAACAGGCAAAUAGGCCUGCAGGCACACACAUGGCAGCUGCGUCUGCUGCUGCUCUCCUCCCUCACCUGCCCCCUGACUAGGCCAGGGUGUGCCAAGAGCAGCUCCACAGCCAGGAGGGGACAGGGAGAGCUGCUGCCACUGUUACCUGCAAGGCAGCUGGAUCAGGGCACCUUGUCAGCUCCCACCCUGCUCAUGUGUCAUGUGUUGCUGAUUGGUUGAAAAAUAUUGCCCUUCAUUUAAGCAUUAGAGAUUUUUAUCCAAGUAA